UUUUUUUUUUUGUGUGUGUGUUCAGGCGAAUGGAAGUGGAGUUGAGUGAACUUUGUAGCUGAUGUUCUCGUGAAAUGGCCGGUGGAAAAGUAUGACUUUUAGGGUCGAAUCAAGGCAAACAUGCAAUGGAGGUCGAUAGUGCUGGGCUUGCUGGUGCUGAGGCUGACUCUGAGCUGCAUGAUGUGGUUGUCACCGAGUCUGAGUCCCAGCUCGGGCUUUUAUCACAACUUUCCUCUGGGCUUCAGUUUGGGCAUGCCGAGGGACAACAAGCAGCGCCAGGAUGAUGACGACCACCUCUCGACAAGCGAGCAUUCCUGCCGAGCCAGCUCAAGGGAAGGCAAAGCCGCGUACACCAGCUACUUCGAGGAUAGCCAUGACGAGUACGCCAAGAAAUACAGUUCCUUUCCCGAGAACCUGAAGGCCAAGAUGAAAGACAUGGCUAAAGCGAUGUUUUAUUUCGGCUACGACAAUUACAUGAAGUACGCCUUUCCCGAGGAUGAGCUCAACCCUAUCGAUUGCGAAGGUAGAGGUCCAGACGCCAAAAAUCCGUCAAACAUUAAUAUUAAUGAUGUGCUGGGAAAUUAUUCAUUGACUCUAAUUGAUGCCCUUGACACACUUGUGGUCAUGGGUAAUAUUUCUGAAUUCCACAGGGCAGUGAAGUUGGUAAUUGACACGGUCUCUUUUGACAAGGACUCUACAGUUCAAGUUUUUGAAGCUAAUAUCAGGGUGUUGGGAAGUCUGAUCUCUGCACACAUUCUGUUGACCGACUCAAAACAUCCAUUUGGUGAUGUAGGACUAGAGAAUUAUGAUAAUGAAUUGCUGCAUCUGGCUCGUGAUUUAGCUGUCAGACUUCUGCCAGCUUUUGAGAACACCAGCACAGGAAUCCCAUAUCCUCGGGUGAAUCUGAAGACGGGAGUGCCACCCAACAGUGUGAAUGAAACCUGCACUGCUGGUGCCGGCUCUUUGUUGGUGGAAUUUGGAAUCCUGAGUCGGCUUCUUGGCGAUUCGACCUUUGAGUGGGUAGCGCGGAGAGCCGUCCGGGCUCUCUGGAAACUGAGAAGCAAUGUGACCGGAUUAUUAGGUAACGUUGUAAAUAUCCAGACGGGUCAAUGGGUUGGCAAGCAAAGUGGACUGGGAGCUGGGAUGGAUUCCUUCUAUGAGUAUCUGCUGAAGUCUUAUAUUCUUUUUGGUGAAAAGGAAGACUUCAAAAUGUUUAAUGCUGCUUAUGCAAGCAUCCAAAACCAUCUACGACGAGGCCGGGAAGCUUGUAAUGAAGGUGAAGGAGAUCCACCACUCUAUGUUAAUGUGAACAUGUUUAAUGGACAGAUAAUGAAUACGUGGAUAGACUCGCUUCAAGCUUUCUUUCCAGGCCUUCAGGUGUUAAGUGGUGAUAUAGAAAAUGCAAUUUGCCUUCACGCCUUUUAUUAUGCCAUAUGGAAACGCUUUGGUGCCCUUCCUGAGAGAUAUAACUGGCAGCUGCAGGCACCAGAUGUGCUGUUCUAUCCCCUAAGGCCUGAGCUGGUGGAAUCCACUUAUCUUCUUUAUCAGGCCACUAAAAAUCCCUUCUAUCUCCAUGUGGGAAUGGAUAUUCUUGAGAGCCUUGAAAAGUACACCAAAGUGAGGUGUGGGUAUGCCACACUGCAUCACGUCAUUGAAAAGUCAAAAGAAGAUCGGAUGGAGAGCUUCUUCCUUAGUGAGACUUGUAAAUAUUUGUAUCUGCUGUUUGAUGAAGAUAACCCUUUGCACAAAUCUGAGAACAAAUUCAUCUUCACCACAGAAGGGCAUGUGGUGCCAAUCGACAAGAGGUUCAGGGAAAGGUUGUGGAACGAUGUGUUCCCCAAGGAAGACUCAACUGAUGAACUGGGAACACAAGAUUUAAGGCCAGCUAAUUCCAGCUCAAAAUGUAACCGAAUUCCCGAAGAGCGGAAGUACUUCUUGCCUUUGAAGAGUGUGUACAUGAGACAAAUUGAUCAAAUGGUAGGAUUGCUUUGACAUGAAAGAAGUUGGCAUUGACGGAACAAGAUUCGAGUGUCCAACCUUCAUCUGUGAAUGGGAACCUCAAGCAGCAAAAACCGCAGCCCUGUGCUUUGUGUAACGUAUUGCUGAUGAGCCAAGUUAAAUCAGCAUCCUAUUUAAAUGUGUUUUGUAAAGUCCUGCUUAACAUGGAGAGAAAGUAUUUAAAAAGGUGGGCAGUGCUUUACAGAAGUGUAAGGCCUUACCCCGUCAUUCCAUUACUUUUUUGUAAGUUGCAGCAGAUGCAAAGCAGUAUUUAUGUUUUAUAAAAAAUACAGAGAUGAAUGCUGUCUGGAGUUCAUUGGUUGUUUCUCUCAUUUUGCAUGGUGCAUAUUUUGGACUAAACAUCAAUUAUGUUUCUCUCUAAAACAAAAAAAAAAUUCCUUGUCCUUUUUGUUUACGUCCGUUUCAGCUAUGUUUGAUAAUCUUGAUGCCAAACUUAAAAAUGACAAGUGUAAUACAGAAAAAAGAUUUGGGUCUACUUGUAAGUGCGGCUCUUGAAAUGCUGCACGGUAAAAAGCCAACAUUGAAAUCUUUUUACCCAAGCACCCCUCACCCCUUUUGUAAGAACAAAAUUCUUGAUUUGUGGAAGCCUAAGAGCCAAAACAAUGUUACCAAAGACCCGCAUUACCCAGCUUAUCUUUUUGGUGUAUGUUUAUAACCUGGUUUAAACCUUGUUUAUUGUUAUUUCUUCCGAAUUAUAAUGAAAACCAGAACAAAAUAUGACUUAUUGUCAGGCCAGUAUUUCGUCUAAAAACAAAAUGGAUUAUACAGAAAUGCUACUUUUUAAGUGUGUGUAUCCAUUUGUUUUGUAUCUAUGUUAACUGAUUUUAUAGAAAUACUUGAUUAUCAGAAAAAAAGCAGGUUGUUGGUCUUUUUCACGUUUCUAAAGUUAUCUGCCAUUUGCAUGAAUUUUGUCUUAACUGACAAUUACCUGGCAGAUUUUAGGAAACUACAAAUUUUGUUUUAUGUCUUGUAUUGUUUACUAAAAAUAAUUUCUCUUGGCUGUUCUAAACAAGACGGGUCACUGUGAUCACUGGUGUCUUCCAAAAUAAGGUUUAAUGAGGUCACAUGCAUGCUGUUAUUUUUUGUGGUAUUUAUCAUAGUUCUUGCAACUGAUGAACUGCUGUAACUAUAAGAGACUCUGCCCUGUUUUAAAAGAAAAAGAUUUAAUAGCUUUAUAGUGACAGAGUGAUGUAACCAAUCCACUAUUUUCUUCAUUCUCGUUUGUUGCUGCUUUCCUGGUUUCGAUUUUCUGUUAGAAUUUUUGUCUCCUAGUUUGUUCCAGCAGGUGUCCAGUUGUCUUCCUGCCUGCCUGUCUGCUUUGUGGCCUUCUUUACACUUAUUGCACAUCUUAAUUUGCCUUUUGUUUUCGUGUCUUGACAGACGUUUUAUAGAUCUUUUCCUGCCCCCACAUGCACUCUUAGGAAACGUAACCGACAUGUAAUAUAAUUGUGUGUUGAAAUUGUUCACUGUGCUGUCACACGAAAUCCCUUUUUUUUCCCCCCCUCAUUAAAUAGAUGAGCAGAGCAGAAAGAUAUCUUGGGGGGCAUUGUAGAUACUGUACAUUUGAACAAGAUUGCAAUGAGAAAAGCCACCACGAGAAUGUGCGAGGCACCAGUUGAAGCUUUGCAUAGAGAGUUGUGUUAAGUGUCUGCCACUUCAUGUAGUUGUUGCCCUCUGAAAGCCAUUGACUAAUGUGUUUUCCUCCCUUUUUCCAUUUUCAUUAUUCUCAGUUGUGAAAGGAAUUUUGUUUAUUGCUGCUCCCAUAUCCUCCCUGACCUCAGGUUUCUAUUAGAUUGCUACAGCAGAUACUUAGGAUUUGUCUGCCUGAGUCGUCGUAUGUGCAACAUGGUAAACAUUUAGGCUCACCUUGUGGCACUUGUAAAGUGUGUUUUUAGUAGUUCACUUAACUAAUAUAAAUACGUUGAUUGCGUUUGCAUGCUGCCUUUUAAAAAGUGCACAUCUUAGAAAAACGUUUUGUUGACAGCGAGUCGUACAGUGUCGCUGUUCUCUUUGCAGAUGAGCAGCCCAUGCUUUAGUGAACCCCACUGAGUGUGUCACAGUAUUCCCUUAAGUAUUAUCGUUCUUCCUGCUGCAUUAACGCCCUUCCAGGCAGGAUAAAACCUUUGUUUUUUGUAUUACAGCUCAAUUCUUUGACGUUGGUUGCCUACAGAACAUGAAACGUGCGUUGUUAUCCAUUUAAUUUGGUAUUUUAUAGUUUCCUUCCAUUUUAAUCAAGUCUUGUGCUUUGAGUUUCAGAGACCUUUAAAGUUCGCUCGAGUCCCAGAAGUCUUUGUCGUUACUCACUGAUUCAUUAGUGCAUUUUAGUCAUUCAUGUGGUCGAUGACGCACACCUUUUUUUUUCUUUUAAAUUAUUAUUUUGCAGUCAAGUUAAUGUGAAUUCACGUUUUCAUCAAACCCCUACCUGAAAGCAUGAGCAGACGUGGGUUUGCAAUACAGCCUCCUUAUAUUUAUUGUAAUUUGUCAUUUUGACAUUCCAUUAGCUGAAAGUAGUCUUUUAUUUUAUUAGUUUUGUAUUUUUUUUUUUAAGCCCACAAUCUGAAAAUUGUGUUUUGCACCUCAGCUGCCAUACCACCCGAACUUACUUAAGACUGGUGUAGUUUAAGUCUGCCAUUUUUUUUUUUUUUAAUAUAUUAUAUGAAAUAUUGUGAAUAGUACAAUCAUGCGUCCCCACCACUUGGGAAGAAUAGCCAUCUUUGCCUGAGAAAACCUGUUUAUAUGUUUCUUUCUUUUGUCUAUUUUGGAAGUGUCAGUUCAUGGUCUUGCUAAUUAAAUUGGAUUCUGAGAUGCUGCUUUCUUCGCUGUAUGAUGUAGUCGUCCAGUAACUGCAGAUCCUGUAAAGGAGAAUGCAACAAAACAUAUAAAAAUGUACUUUUAUACAAGUUAAAAAGAACCCAAUGCAUUGUGUGUAUAAGAGUGGGGCUGACGGUCUUCAGUACAUCCACCCCCAAUGUGAAUAACUCUUUUAUUUUAAGUAUUGUGUUUACAAAACAUUUUUCUUAUCAAAAAAUUGGUAACUGUGCCUUCCUAUCAUGGGCAAAGUAUUAACAUUCCUAAUAAUGUUUGUUUAACAUAACCUUGUAUAUAUGUGAGUGUACAUAAGUGUAUACUGGGAAGUGCGUGUGUAUAUGUAAUUUUUAAUUAAACUCAGGGAAGGUAGAAGAAGAAGCAAAAGGACUAACUUUACAUUUACACCAAAGUACCUCCAACAAAAUAACGAAUAUAAAGAAGAGACAUUUUUAGGAAGCAUAUUGCUGUUGUGUGUCUUUCUGCAUGUGCACGUCUCUAUGGUUGUUAGUGCCUCUCAGAGCUGGCACUUCAGCUUUGUUUCUUUAUAUGGAACUUUGGGCUAACUUUUGUAAUGAUCUCCUUUGCUGGGGAAAAAUGCAAAGCUAAGAGUCGUUCACAGCAGAAGCUGCUUCUGCCUUGAGCAGUGAAUGCCUUAAUGUCGUAACGUGUCUUGGCCUAAAGGGCCUAGCUGUGUAGUGUUCAGAGCUCAGGUUUUACAAAAUUAAAGCCAAUGCAUUCUGCGACGUAAGUUCCAGUUUUAUUUUGGCCCCCUCAGUUUGGAUGGAUUGUCAUAAAGUGGAGCUGUCUCUCCCUCACACCCACACACAUACGGGAAAUAUUGUCACGUCUUAUUGAGAUAAGCACAAGAUAAGUUGUAAACUGUUCCAGAAUCUUCUGUUUUUUUUAUAAAAAGUGGAGAGUAUCCCCAUGUUCUAAUGUUGCGACUUUCCAACCGGCUCCGUUACGCAAGUGUGGACCAUUGUUAGCCAGCUGUCUUUUAUUAUUCUACAGGUCAUAGAGGAAGAAUGCUGGCAAAAUUCAGGGACUUGCCAGUGCUUAUGACGCCAUUAGGACACUGGAAGGUUCUCAUGGUAGCUGUUUCCAGUUUCUUUAUAGUUAGUUUGCUUUCAUAAUGCAUUUAAUGCAAAAUCAUCAUGGGGGGGGGGCAAUUUUUAACGAAUCAUGUGAAUUUUUGUCUGUUUUGAAUAGAUGGGACAUGCCAGAAUUUAUUUCUCUUUUUAAUGAAUACAAACUUUCACCUAAAGUGCCACUCCUCUGAAUGAAUGUUUGUCUGUAGCUUCUGAUUUUCUCUGUGAUGGAGCUUUGGUCCCCAUUGUUCUAAUGAAACAUUAAAGUGCAAUACAGUUUGUUAAAACUGAAAUGUGUACGUUAUUGUCAUGUUUGUUUUUAUUAAUUUAAAUGACGUUUGUAAAAAGAUUGUUCUUUAAUAAAAAUUAGCAUUGAA